AUGUCUGAAAUCCGACGACGAGGCUCCUUUCUCAGCCCAAGCCCCCAGCCCGAGGCCCCCAACGAGCAGGACAUUGUGGAAUUCACCCAGGACAACCACCACUUUUCCAUGAUCCGACAGCUGCACAUGGCCGACUAUAUCACCAUGCUCAACGGCUUCUGUGGCUUCAUGGCCAUCAUCCAGUGCAUGCGGUUUAACGAGACCCAGGACACAAAGUACAUUGUGCGAGCAAUGUGGUGUGUGCCCCUGGGCUUCUUUUUCGACGUGUUUGACGGCCGAGUGGCCCGAUGGAGAAAGAAGGCCAGUCUUAUGGGCCAGGAACUGGACUCUCUGGCAGACCUCAUUUCCUUUGGAGUCGCCCCUGCAUCCAUUGCCUUUUCCAUUGGCGCCAAAUCCACCAUUGACACCGUGCUGCUCACCAUCUUUGUGCUGUGCGGUCUUUCCCGUCUGGCCCGGUUCAACGUGACCGUGGCCAACAUCCCCAAGGACAAGAGCGGCAAGUCCAAGUACUUUGAGGGCACUCCCAUCCCCACCACUCUGGCUCUGGUGGGCAUGAUGGCCUACUGGGUCUCCAAGGGCUACAUCAAUGAUCAGCUGCCUCUGGGUGUGCUGUUUGCCGGCACCGCUCUCGAGGUGCACGUGGCCACCUUCAUCUUCACUCUGUCCGGAUCGGCCAUGAUCUCCAAGAGCUUGAAGCUGCCCAAGCUGUAG